UCUCUCUCUCUCUCUCUCUCUCUCUCUCUCUCUUCCCCAUUUCCAUGGACAGUUACUGCUCUCUCACUCCUCAUAAGCAACCCUAGCUAAAUCUCCUUCUCUCUCUAGAGCUAGAGAGUGUGUGCUCUCUUUUGAAAGAUCCCUUCUUUUUCCCUUUCAGCUCCCAAUCCCUCCUUCUUUUGUCACGAGAUGUGGCUUGCCCCAAACUAGCAAGAGAGAGAGCUCCGGCCAAAGCGGCAGCGGCAGGGCCAGACAAAGCUCAGAUUCCCGGGGGCGGUGGGCGUCGCCGCUAUUUUACCUCCCACCGCCGAUUCAUCGACGGAAGAUCCAACCCCCAGCUGUCGGUCGGCGGCACUCCUAACCACCGGGCGCUUUUCUUUCUUUCCCCCGGGGAUUUCUCGCCGUUUCUUGGGCCAGAGGCGGCGCUGCUCUGCUGCGGUUCCGCGGCGGGUCUUGUGCAGCUCCGGCGCUCGAUCCGUUUCUCAGGCCAGAGGCGGCGCUUCCCGACGAGCUCUUGAGCAGGCCGCGGCCUCCGCCCCUCUUCUUGGAGCUGUUUGAUUGGCUUUGGGGGGAAGCCCGUCCGUUCUCGUGCCCCCGGCGAGCGAUUCCGGCGCGCCUUGCUCCCAACCGGAGGGAAAUGGCGGUCCUGCGGUCCCGCAGUUGACCAAUUCGGCCCCCUCCCUCCCGCCCGCGGCCGGUCGCCCAAAAUGGCGGAUUUGGGGCUGUGGAGCCAGGGGUGGGCGUGGGUGCUCUCCCAGAAGCACCUCGUCGCCUGGGCGGGCUGCGGCCGGGACCUCGUCGACCGCCACUGGCCGGCCGUCGCCCGGGCCUGCGCCAGCUCGUCGCGCCUCCUGCUCGAGGCGCUCAGGCAGUGGCGGGGCUGCGCGGCCAGGGGCGUCCUCGCGCUCGCCAGCCUCGGCCCCGCCGCCGUCUUCGUCGUCCUCUGGAGCUGCUUCGUCUGCAUCACCUCGCCCGCCUGCGCCCUCUACGCUCUCCUCGCCCUGGGAGCUGUUGGGGCAGUAAUUCACUAUAUGGGCUAUACGCCUGGCCUUCUCAUUGUAGGACUGUUUGGGAUAAUGAUUAUGUGGAUGUAUGGCUACUUUUGGAUUACAGGAAUGCUUCUGGUUGCUGGAGGUUGUAUGUGCUCUUUGAAGCAUGCACGCUUUGUGAUACCUGUGUUGGCUAUGUAUGCUCUUUAUAGUGUGGCUGUUCGUGUCGGAUGGCUUGGGGUUUUCUCCACGCUGAACCUUUCUUUCAUUACGAAUGAUCUUCUCAACAAGUUGCUGCUAGGAUACGAGGGAAGCACAGAAGAGAGAACGUUUGAGGAAAUGAAGGAUUCUGAUCCAGCCACGGAUGCCUUCUUUGGUAGCCCUGAGUACCCUCCUACUCCGGACAGUGAACCAGAGACCGUGUCUUCUGCAAAGCCCUUUCGCUCAGAACCUACUCAAGAUGUGUUACAUGUACAAAAGGAGCCAUCUCCUAGUAAAAUAGUAGAAUCAGAUACUACUUCGUUGGAUGAGAUCAAGAGGAUAAUGGAUGGUUCAACCUAUUAUGAAGUUAUGGGCGUCCCUCGGAACUUGAGUAUUGAUCUGAAGGAACUGAGAAAUGGGUACAAAAGAAUGGCAAGACUUGUCCAUCCUGAUAAAAACAUGGGAAAUUCAUUGGCAUGUGAAUCAUUCAAAAAGCUUCAGUCAGCUUAUGAGGUACUCUCGGAUUUAGCAAAGAAAAACAGCUAUGAUGAACAACUGAGAAAAGAAGAAUCGCGUCAAAUGAAUCAGAGAUCACGAGUUGUCUCCCAACCGAGUGGGGUAGAGUUCAUCUCUGAAGAGUCGAGGCGUAUACAGUGCACAAAGUGUGGUAAUUUUCAUUUAUGGAUAUGCACCAAGAGAAGCAAAGCAAAAGCAAGAUGGUGCCAGGAUUGUUCUCAGUACCAUGUUGCCAAGGAUGGAGAUGGAUGGGUGGAAAAUGGAUAUUCAACAUCCUUGAAGAUACAAAUACCCCAAGCUUUUGUUUGUGCGGAGAGUAAAAUAUUUGAUGUGUCUGAGUGGGCUACCUGCCAGGGGAUGGAGUGCAAACCAAACACUCAUGGUCCAACUUUUAUGGUGAACAUGGUUGGCGCUGAUAGGAUGCCUCAGAGAUCCUACAGCUCUCGGUAUCCCUUCAGCUUGGAUGCAGAGAUGAUCCCUGAGGACGAAUUCGAGAUGUGGCUCCAGCAGGCGUUAGCGACAGGCGUGUUCACCGACAGCCCGAAACGUAGGAAAAGCUGGAGCCCCUUCAAACUACCUCAGAAAGGAAUGAGAAGUUGGCGGCGAUCGUCAUCAGGGAAUGACAUUAAGUAGCAUGGCUGGCCGCAUGGGGCCUCAGGUGACAGUGACAUUGGGAAAAGGCAAAUAAUACAAACGCUUGUAUUUGUAAAUAGACUGACCCAAAACAUUGCCUGGAUAAGCAACUAAUUUUUUGUCCGAAAAGAGAAACAAGGAGCAAAAGGAACUCUUUACAUGGAAAGGCGGGUGAAUCUGACUGUCCAAAUUUCCUUUUCUCUGCAAUGGAUUCUCAGGAGUUCUUUCGGAAAGACCAGGUGUUGGCUGUCCAGCGUAUGAGCUGCAACCGUAAGUGGUGCAUUGAUCGGCAUCCGAGAGAAUGCCAAGAAAAAUGCCUGGAUCACCGGAGCAGAUUCUACGAGAAUUGAAGGGAUGUUCUUUGUGAAACAUCAUUGAGAGGAUGCUUGUGUUCACGGGGCAGCAAGUUCUGCGAGAAGUCUUUCUGGAGAACGGAAGGAAAGGAAGACUGGCUGCUGUGUAUACAAUCUUGCAUCAAUGUUACUGCUUUGUUGUAACAUUGUACACUGACACUGACAUCCUGUGAAAAACUUCCAUAAUCCAGCUCUGUGUCGUAACACGCUCCUUGCACUUUGUAACGAUCUGGGGACAAAUAUAGCCAUCCUGGAUUGUCUCCUGUUGUCAUUUCUUGUUGCUGGAUACUUACUACUGGUUAAUCUGACUUAACUGGACUUA